CUGAUAUAAAAACUGACAACAGCAAAACAGCCAUCAGUUUGUUGAGAGUGCGCGCCGUCUUCAGCCGCCGUGGCUUUUCUUUGUUUUCCCGAGCCGCGAACCCGACUUCAAAAUGAGAACCGCGCUGUUAAUACCUUUCCUGGCGCUAGUAAACUUUACCUCCUGUCGAUCCGUCAGGAAACCGAAGAGCAGUGAAAGCAGUGAAAGUGUCGAGUUGGAAAAAGUCAAUUUAGGCGUUUCGAAUGCCGAGCCGAGCUUUUUGACAGAGCUGUUCAAUCCGUUCGAUCAGGAGGUACCCUUGAGCACGCAAGCCCUCAAAAGGGCCAAGAAGUCCUUGUCGAAAAGGCGCAUGAAAAGGCUCUCGAAGCCGAAAUACCUGGAGGAAAAGUUCCGCGAGCUGGUCGAGCAACGCCCAGCCUUGAAAAGCAAGAUCAAGGUGAAGCUCGCCGAACGGAAGACCAAGAAAAGGGUCAAGACCGCGCCUGAAUUCGGGGGUGACCAAAUCGUCUUCGGCGGUGAUAACAAUGACGUGUACACAGUCCCGGUCUCCAACUUCGAACUGGUCGAGGCCCCGGUUUUCGUCGCAGCCGCCCCUCCCUCCGACGCCCCCUGCGAAGUCAUGACCACCAACCCCAACCCCGAAAGUCUCAUCGUCCUGGAAGACCAAGUUCCGUUCGCCAUCCCGAACUCGGUCGAGCAGGACUGCCAAUCGCGGGUGUACGGAAGAUCCAUCUACGACGAGAUCGACAAAGACCUCAUCGCCUUAGCGUCCAACCCCGCCUUCGAGGUCCACCCCAUCGAGGGGGAUGAGAUCUUAACUCAGGCGGACACCGCUCCCUCCGCGAUUGAAAUCAUCCCCUCGUCCGAGCCAGAGCCGGUGGCGUUUUUCACCCCCGAGAGCAUAGAGCUCGAACCUCUUAGUGUCCCCUUCGAGGACGAGUCCAACGCCAAGUUCAAGAAAGCCGUCCCGUGUGGGCAGACUCCUCAAGAAAUCUUCAGCAAUUGUUUAGACUUGCCGCCUACCUACGAAUUCCCGUCCGAGUUUGUGAUGGAGUCGAUGCCGUGCGAAGAUCAUUUCUACGCCGCGCUGGAACCGGUCAAGACCUACGAGAUCAAGCAGAUCAACAUCGACGAAGCGGCGAUCAUCAGUGAGCUGAAGAGUGUCCUGGGGGAGGUUCCCGGGCCGAUCAUCAUUGGGGAGCCGGGGGAGCCCCUGAUCGUUAGGCAUUACGCUAAGCCCUACGUUAUCGAAUACUACGAGCGACCAAUGGUCGUCGAGCACCAUCAGAAGGCAGAGUUGAACAUCUUUACGUCACCCCCUGUCGUCAUCGACCACUACGAGCCCGUCGUCUUCCAGGAGAUCCAGGCUGAGCCUCUUGUCACUGUUGAGGAAGUUUGUCCGUACUCAUGACCUGGUCACAAGGGAAACUGAUCUGUACCUUGAAGACUUCUGAAUUCUACCCGGUGGUCAGUUUUGCUGUUUUGUCAUCAAAGUUUUUGACCAUCGUGGUGAGCAAACAUUCAACACAAGAAUCUGCUUGAGGCUUGUUCAUAACUUUCCAGAUAAGUUUUUAACACACGUAGAACAAGUUUUCAAAUCCAGAAGUGUUAGAUUGAAACCAGAGUCAAAAUCGUAUUCUUCUUAGUUAAAAGAUCUGCAAGAAAACAAGUCAUAAAUUUUGAAAAUGAAUGUUUCUCAGAUGAUAAAAUCGCAAAGUAAUGUAUUGACAAUGCAACUCAUUAACAUCUGAAAGGUUUUAUUAGGCUAUCUAGUCAUUUUUUAAACGAUCUUUACUGUUUAACAACGAUGAUCUGAUGAAUCAAGACCUAGUUCUUACUUAAAACGUCCAUAUCAGUAUUUUCGGAAAAUAUAAUUGAAUUUUUUAGAUCCUCUAUUUUUUCUGAAGAUGAGCUGAAUCUAGAGCUCCAAUUAGUAAUCUCCUAAAAGGACCUUCACGGCUGAUUUUAGGAAGUGCAUUCCAAAUAUUAGCUGAUGAUAGUACAAACCAAUCAACUUUUUCAAAUUGAAAUCCAUCUACUAUAAACUCAGUGACCAAAACUAAAAAUGUUGGUAAAAUUUCUUUGCAAUCCAGCAUUAAAACGCAGAUUCUCAUGCGUGCGUCCCUAAAAUUUUCAAAAUGAAUACCCAAUAAAAUGAUUGCCCUAUUUUUUCUACUAACAAAAAGUUCGAAUCCUAAUACCAUAAGGAUAGACUAGGUAUACGCAGAUUAAUAUAGGUAUUUCACCAUUAAUAGAUCCUCGUUUCUAACUUUCUCGUAUUUAUUACAUUGUUAAGAAUUAAUUUAUUAUUUUCUAUUUUCAAAUAUCUAUUUAUUUCUCUAAUUUAUUUUUUCGUUAAUGAUGGAUAUUUUGUGUAUUUAUAUAUUUUGCUGUUAUGUGUACAUAAAUGUAAAUAGGAAGUUGUUCAUUUCGAUACAAAGAGUUUUUCAUCAUGUCUUGAGGACGUUACUCAUAGUGUUGAGAGGAAAGCAUUUUCGUGUGAGUAUUUGGGCUGAAAGUUCUAAGAAAAUAGUCUUCCAUUGUUAGAAAAAUGCUACAAAAAUCAAGUUAUGGCUGUCGUUGCAUUUAUGCAGGUACUUUUCAUCGCCAUGAAAAACACUUUAUAUAAACGCCAAGUGGAUUUUCAAAGCCCCAACUUAAGUAAUUAGAUGCAGAUGUGAAAAUCAAGUUUGUAAUAAAUUAUAUUCAUGUAAAUUUAUGUAAAUAAAUACAUUUAAGCAGUUAAAGUUUC